GUAGAGAAGCCUGGCGAGAAACGAGUCCAGCGGAAGCAGUGCUGAAAGCACCAAAGGCGAGGAGAGCGAGAGUGAAGCGCAUUGUGGUGUCGGGUAGGGUAAAAAGGUAAAGCAGCAAAUGAAGUGGUGCUGAAAAGCGAGUGCAAAGAGCGAAGAAAUUCGAGGAGUAUGGAGUCGAAGAAGGGUAACAACGGUCUUUAUACUCUCACCCGACACUGUGAAUAGUUGCAAACAAAGGCUCGACGUGGCAAUCAAGGGAGCAAUAAUAGGUGUAUGUUGUUGAACGCCUUUGUUCCGCAAUUAUACAGCGCACUUCCCAUCUCUGCCCUGUUCUAUGUUGUAGGCCUAGACUGCGGUGCAGAUUCACAUUAUGUGUACCACGCGAGCGAUGUAACGAAUAAUGGCAACGACGACAAAGGGAAUUCCAAUCAAUGCAACUCGCUGGGAACCUCGGUAAAAGCGAGGAACGAAAAGAACAAAGCCGUUAGCACUACCAAAUUGGGUAAUCAAUGGGUCGUUCGCACGAAAUACUCCCGCGGCACCAGGAGGUCAGGCACUCGGAACAUGCCGAAGAGAUAUACAGCACCACCCAGCCACCAAACUGUACUCUGUUUGUGGCGUGUAACCAAACAGAACCAAAGCGGUAACUGGAAUCUGUACUGUAGGCCAAAGAAUUUGCUCACCGACCUCGACAUCCUCAAGACAUGCUACUCCUUAGGCCACAAAGACCACGAAAAAGGUGAUAAUCCUACUGGCGGUAAGACGCGCUCCGCUCUCUCAGAUGUUGUUACGCGGGAGUACACCAUCCAUCUGCACAAGCUUGUGCACGGACGUUCUUUCAAAAAGCGAGCUCCCUGGGCUGUAAAAUCUGUUGUUGAUUUCGCUCGCAAGUCUAUGGGCACCACUGACGUGCGGUUGGACCCUAAAUUGAACCAAGCACUGUGGGCCCAGGGUAUCAAGUCUGUUCCCCACCGGAUACGUGUAAAACUUGAGCCAAUAGAAGCUUAUUUGCUUUAUCCCUUUCGCAAACCAGGUAAGCGAAAUGAUGAAGAGAACGCUAAGGAGAAGCUCUUCACAUACGCCAGCCAUGUUCCUGUUACGACUUUCAAGGGUCUUCAAACCACCGUUGUGGAUGCGGAGUAAAGAGUUUCUCGUACACGCUGGGGGAAGGAGGUCUGCGGUGGGGGCUCAUGUAGUUGUUUUUUCCUCAUGCCUGCCAUGCAUCAACAAUCUUAUAUGCCAUGCCGAGCAAUCAAAAGCACUCAAAAUCUAUAUUGAUCGUUCUGAAUAUCAUAU